ACAUUGAGACCAGAAGUGGAGGACUAUUGGCUGGAAGUGAGCGCUGAUGUGAACACUGUAUCCAAUCUGAAGUCCACUGUUUUGGACACAAAUGACUUUAUAUUGAGUGCCGAAGACAUUGACCUCUAUUUGGAUGGAGUGUUACUCAGAGACGAGACACGAGUUAAUAGUAAUGUGUUUACCGAUGAAGAGAGCAUUGAAAUCAAGUGGAAAAGGGGUCGACAAGUGGUGGACACCUGUAGUUCAGGCAGUGUUGAGAAACACUGCAAAUCUAUAUAUCGGGAUAAAGAUACUAGUGAAUCAACUCAUAGACACAUUGCAGUUGACGAUAUCGAGGCAAUAGAUGUUUUUGUGGAAAGCCAUGACUUGACCACAACCUCCAGUAUCAUAUCUGCGGUUAAAAGAAAGUCGACAAUAAAUUAUUGCGAAACUGAUGGCAAUAGUAAUGACAAUCACAGCGACAGUUCAGACACCGAGGUAUACGAUGACUGGCACUCAGAUCCAUGCAAACAGACCACAGAUCAUGAUAAGAGAGUGACGUCUAAUGAACUGAAUUGCAUCCAAAAAUCAGACCUACGUUGCCAAACCUCCUCCACUCUGGAGGAUUCUCCUCCAAUCGGUCCGUUUGGGAACAGUCCUUCAGAGGGGUUGUGGAGGACAAUGUAA